CACAGCCAAAGAGCCUCACCUUUUCACGAAGGCGGUUUUUGGUUCCAUCUUGGGAGCUGGGGGAUACAUUCUUGACAAACUGGAAUCGGAGAAGCAAAGAUCCGCUGAUUUCUGAGUCAGCGGUCGCCGAUCUCUGUGUUCGUCAGUGAAGAAGAGGAGCUUUGGAAAUGGCAAGUGGAGGCUAUGGAGAAGCUAACCAGAAGAUUGAUUACGUGUUCAAGGUCGUGCUAAUAGGUGACUCUGCGGUAGGGAAGUCGCAGAUACUAGCUCGGUUUGCGAGAAAUGAGUUCAGCUUGGAUUCCAAAGCCACGAUCGGCGUCGAAUUCCAGACUCGGACUUUAGUCAUUCAACAUAAGACUGUCAAGGCUCAGAUCUGGGACACCGCUGGUCAAGAACGAUACAGAGCAGUUACGAGUGCAUACUACAGGGGUGCUGUUGGGGCAAUGUUGGUUUACGACAUUACUAAACGUCAGAGUUUUGAUCAUAUACCUCGAUGGCUGGAAGAAUUACGUAACCACGCUGACAAGAAUAUCGUUAUCAUCCUAAUAGGAAACAAAAGUGAUCUUGAGAGCCAGCGAGCAGUACCCACUGAGGAUGCAAAAGAAUUUGCCGAGAAAGAAGGCUUAUUUUUCUUAGAGACCUCUGCGCUGGAAUCGACUAAUGUUGAAGCGGCCUUCAUGACUGUGUUGACAGAAAUUUUCAAUAUUGUCACCAAACACAGCCUAACUGCUGGUGAAAAUCAAGGAAACGGCAACUCAGCAUCCCUUUCGGGCAAGAAGAUAAUUGUUCCUGGUCCUGGUCAGGAAGUCCCAGCCAAGACGAAGACGUGUUGUCAGUCAUCCUGAAUUAAAAUUUGUUUUCAAUCUAUCAGAUUAACGAUCGUGUUCCUAUUACGAAAUUUUGAAGGUUUGGUGCCCCUUCUUUCUGUAAAUUUGAAUGACUUAAUAGUAUAUGAUGCUUUAGCAUUGAGUGCAGAGUUAAAGAUGAAAGUCAUUGUUAAUUACCCAGCACAACUUCCGUGAUUUCCACUUGAGGGAUUGGCUGGAAUUGUUUCGAAGCUUGGAGGUAUGUUUUAAGGACAAAAUUUAGGGGGUAUUGAUAUGUUUGCUAUCAGUUUUUGUAAAAGAAUUAAAUGGAUGGUUUCUACAAUUUCAUAUUAUCCAGUCUUUCAAAUGGUUA